AUGCCAUUGACGCAGGAACUCCGGGAACUCUGUUCUCGGAACUCAGUCACCAUUGCUCAAAAUUCGUCCUCGGCUUGGCCAUGGCAGGAAUUUGUUUCGUCCAGCGCACAACCGCCAUAUUUGGAAAUCAAUGCCACUGGCGAGGAGCUUGCACCAGGUCUGAUACUUUUCGAUCCCCAGACUGGAAUCAAUUCUCAAUCCUACAUCCCUGAUAAAGCUCCCUUUAUUAUGACCGACGCCGGUGAUCUCGUUUGGUCGGGGCCAAUUACCCCAGAUGCUUCAAACUUCCGUGUGCAAAGCUUGCACGGGGAGCCAGUUAUCACUUACUGGGCCGGUAGUGGCGGUGCUGCAGACUCCAGCUCAGCAUCACAUGGUUAUGGUCAUAUUGUUAUCCACAACUCGUCGUACGACCAGAUUGGGAUUAUUUGUCCAAAGUUAAACUUGACUCUUCCCCCCGGAACAUCUGCCCCCUGCCAGGCAGAUGUCCAUGAAUCUUUCAUCACCGAAAACAAUACAAUGCUCAUCACAGCUUACAAUACAACCAAAGCUGAUCUACGAGAUAUCGGUGGCCCUGAAGACGGGUGGGUUCUUGAUCCUCUUGUGCUGGAGAUCGAUCUCCGCACAUCCGAAAUUCUUUUCUCUUGGAGCCCUCUUGCUCAUGUGCCAAUAAAUGAUACAAACCUCCCACUCAAUGGCGCUGGAGUGAACUCCAGCAAUCCAUUCGACUUUUUCCACACCAAUUCGAUUCAGCCCUUCGAGGGCAAUUAUCUCAUUAACAGUCGCAGCACCUGGAGCACAUACUUGGUUGAUAUAAAUGGGAAUAUCAUAUGGCAAAUUGAUGGUGAGACGGGAGGUGACUUCGGAAGUCUUCCUGAAGGGGGUCGCUUCUCUUGGGAACAUUUUGCUCGGAUCGAACGCGCCUCUGAUACCCAACUUCAGCUUAGGUACUUUGCAAACAACAACGGUGACAUAACCACCGCAAAUGCAUCAGUCGGUCUCGAACUCCUCUUGACCGUUCCCCCAACCCUUGACCACCCACCCCAGCUACUCAAGAAUCUCUCAGACCCACUGUACCCAGUGGUAUCGCUAGCAAUGGGAUCCCACGAUAUCCUUUCCAAUGGCAAUCAUUUCCUUGGCUAUGGAAUUCAGCCUGUGAUGAAAGAGUUUGGGCCACAAAACCCUCAAGGUCACGACGUUCGUUGGUCAGCGCGAUAUGACUUUGAUAAUGGCGCUGCUAGUUAUCGCACCUACAAAACCCCUUGGAGAGCUACACCGGCGAGCAAGCCCUCUCUCCGUAUUAGGAAACCCGGCCAAAGUGGUUCUCCCGCUCAUGGGUUGAAUGGCAUCGAGUGUGGCUCAUCGGCGACCCGAGGCUAUGUUACUUGGAAUGGCGCAACUGAUGUCAAAUAUUAUGUUUUGUACACCGGAAAUCACGCGCGCUCAAUGACAGCUGUUGGCAUAGUCAAGAAGCAAGGAUUUGAGACGGAGUUCAUCAUUCCUGAUAAUGGAGGACAUAAUCUAUUUAUGGUGGGGGCAGUUGAGGAUGAUCAUUUCGGAGUAAUCAGGAGAUCUGCGAUUAUGAAAUUGUAA